UCGAGGGUUGACAUGACACUUGGUGCUUGCUUCAAGAUAUUUUGUGCAGCUUGCGGUGUUUUCUGUAAAUUUGAUUGAAUUAAGAAUUUCAACAUGGCCACGGACGCGGUUAGAGAAAAGGCUCUUCAGGACUAUCGGAAGAAGCUUUUAGAACACAAAGAAAUUGAAAGUCGUUUGAAAGAAAUGCGUGAGCAGCUUAAGGAGCUGACCAAACAGUAUGACAAAUCCGAAAAUGAUUUGAAGGCUCUGCAAAGUGUUGGGCAGAUUGUUGGAGAAGUAUUGAAGCAAUUGACAGAGGACAAAUUUAUUGUUAAAGCCACCAAUGGACCAAGGUACGUGGUGGGCUGCCGUCGCCAAUUGGAUAAGGAUAAACUUAAAUCAGGUACUCGAGUGGCAUUAGAUAUGACCACUCUGACCAUAAUGAGGUAUCUUCCUCGGGAAGUUGAUCCGUUGGUGUACAACAUGUCUCAUGAAGAUCCUGGAGAUGUCACAUAUUCAGUUAUUGGUGGUCUCAGUGAACAGAUUCGCGAACUCCGUGAGGUUAUAGAACUUCCUCUACUUAACCCUGAACUUUUCCAAAGAGUGGGUAUCACUCCUCCCAAGGGAUGUUUGCUUUAUGGACCCCCUGGAACAGGAAAAACACUGUUAGCCAGGGCUGUAGCUAGUCAGCUUGAUGCUAAUUUCCUGAAGGUGGUUUCAAGCGCAAUUGUAGACAAAUAUAUUGGUGAAAGUGCUCGUCUUAUCCGGGAAAUGUUCAAUUAUGCUCGGGACCAUCAGCCUUGCAUUAUAUUCAUGGACGAAAUUGAUGCAAUCGGUGGUCGCCGGUUUUCUGAGGGAACAUCUGCUGACCGAGAAAUUCAAAGAACCUUGAUGGAACUCUUAAAUCAAAUGGAUGGAUUUGACUCAUUAGGACAGGUGAAAAUGAUCAUGGCUACCAACCGACCCGACACCUUAGAUCCUGCCCUUUUGCGACCAGGUCGUUUGGACCGUAAGAUUGAGAUCCCUCUGCCUAAUGAGCAGGCACGCCUUGAAAUUCUCAAGAUUCAUGCCACACCCAUUUCCAAACAUGGAGACAUCGAUUAUGAAGCUGUGGUGAAGCUGUCAGACACCUUUAACGGUGCAGAUCUUCGUAAUGUUUGUACAGAAGCAGGUGUCUUUGCUAUUCGUGCAGAGCGUGAGUAUGUCAUCCAGGAGGAUUUCAUGAAGGCUGUAAGAAAAGUGGCUGAUAACAAGAAGCUGGAAUCAAAACUCGACUACAAACCCGUUUAAAGUGUUUUAAUGUUAUCAAAACUUUAGUUGUAUUUAUUUGUUGCUAACUAUCUGAGUGAUAAUUAUAUUACAUCUAUGUUGUA